CUACGCCGACUUACUCUCUUCGCACGCGCGCCCACCAAGCCACUUCCCCCUGCUUUUCAACUCUCCUGCACGCGACGACGUUGCCGCCGCCGUGAACUGUCGCCGGAGAAGACGUCGCCGCCGCCGUGAGCUGUCGCCGAAGAAGACAUUGCCAGGGGGUUUAGGUUUUUAGAGCCGUCUGUUCGUCCGUAGAAGUUAUAAGGAAUCAAAACCUUGGAAACGUGCUACUUUUGUAAGAUCUCUCCAACGGCGAUGGAAGUGGUGAUCGCCUCGUCUGCGGUGGAUGCGGGAAUCGGUUGUUGGGAACUCCAUUCUGGCGCCGAGCGACAUCAGUACCGCUCAUGCUCCUCCGCUCCGCAUGGUCUUCUCUCCGUUUCCGGCCGCUUCGUAUUCCUAGCUGCCUCGCAACUCCGAGACGCACCCUCUGCAACUUCUGCCCCUAUAUUCUUUUGGUCCUGGGAUAAGCCUCAGGUUGAAGUUAGAAGCUUUCCUGCUGAGCCAAUUGGACCACUUAUUUCCAAUGCUGAAGGCACUUACAUUAUUGGAGGAGGAUCAUCGGGAAGUAUUUAUCUGUGGGAGGUUUUUACAGGGAAAUUGCUCAAGAAGUGGCAUGCUCACUACCGCUCUGUUAACUGUCUCACUCUAGCGAAGGACGACGAAUCCCUGCUAAUAUCAGGGUCUGAGGAUGGCUCUGUCAAAGUUUGGUCUCUUAUAAUGUUGUUUGAUGAUAUUGCAAUGGCUUCUGCUGCCAAUCAUUAUAUAUAUAGCUUCAGUGAGCAUUCUCUAGGUGUCACUGACAUUGUUUCGGGGCAUGGGUUAAGCAAUUCCAUUAUCAUCUCAUCUUCACAGGAUCGUACAUGCAAGGUAUGGAGUUUGUCGAAGGGUGAACUAUUGAGGAACAUCUUAUUUCCUUCAGUAAUUGAUGCUAUUGCAAUGGAUCCUGGGGAGCAUGUCUUUUAUGCUGGUGGAAGAGAUGGCAAAAUAUAUAUUGCAGCUCUAAAUGCUGAAGGCAACCCCAAUAGCCCUUAUGGGGUGUUCAUCCUUGAUACCUUAUAUGAUCAAAGCAAAGGAAUAACAAGCCUAGCUUUAAGCAAGGAUGGAUUCUCUCUUGUGUCUGGAUCUGAAGAUGGUUUUGUGAGAAUUUGGAACACAAUAACUAAGCAGUUUACUCGCGUAUUUAAACAUGGGAAAGGCCCUAUUAAUAAUGUCGUUAUAGCCAGACAGUCGCCGUUAUGUAGCUCUGCAUUGGCGAAUAAGAAGCAUUCAACGUUACCAUUGCCUCCUCCGUUGAGCAAGUACACGGAUUCUGCAGACGGACAAGUUAAAACAACGGCUGUCACUAUGGUUGAAUCUCCAUUGCAUGGUCAUCAAAAUACUAGAUUUCUCAGUGCGGAUGUGAUGGAAAAGCUAAUUCAAGAGCUCCAGAAUCGAAAUACUUCAAGUGCUGCAGAGAUGGAACUGGAGAAACUAAGACUCCAAUAUGCAAGAUCGGUACAUCUAAUCGAGCAACAGAAGAAACUUUACGAGGACAUGCAAUCUGUCUAUGUGAGCGAGCUGUUGGAUUGAAAAGAAAUGAGUGGUAGCUAGCAAAGAGAUAUCCUGUCUUCUUCUUCCAUUUAUUUUUUGAAAAAAAAAACAAAUGGUUAGAAAUAGUUCAUGAUCCACGUACAUUUUCUUUUA